UGACCUCUUUUCUGUCUUUGUUUUUUCUCAUAGUCACAUCCUUAUCUUAUUUCCUGUCAUUUUUCACAGUGAUGGGAAAACAGUUGGAGCUUGUCUGGACCGUAAUGGACUUCGCCCUGCUAGAUAUUGGCGGACAGUAGACAAUGUUGUCUAUGUUGCAUCUGAGGUUGGCGUCCUACCAACGGAUGAUUCCAAAGUCAUAAUGAAAGGACGGUUAGGUCCUGGAAUGAUGAUAACUGUCGAUCUACCCAGUGGUCAGGUUUGUGCAGAGAUCUAA